AUGUGCGGAAUUGUCGUUGCUCUAGGCCUCCAACGCCCCCGCUCCGAAAUUGAAAAGAUAAUCACUGCAUGCGCAAAGAAGAUUGAGCACCGAGGUCCCGACGAACUCAAGACCUUUGUCUCCGACGAUGGAUGGUGUGCUCUCGGGUUUACCCGUCUUGCCAUUUGUGACCCGGUUGAUGGACACCAACCUAUGCACACUAGUGAUGAGUCCAUCUACGCCGUCACCAAUGGUGAAAUUUACAACCACGAAGACCUUCACCAUACCCAUCUUGACGACAUGCCGUUGGCCUCUCAUUCUGAUUGCGAGGUCAUUGCACCUCUCUACCAAAAGUAUGCCACCUCAAUGUUCCCUUUCGCUAUCGAACACGUUUACAACCUCCUCAAAGGGGUCUUUGCAACUGUCGUCGUUGACCUGAAGCGCAACCAAUUCAUCGCCGCAAGAGAUCCUAUCGGAAUCAGGGCGAUGUUCAUGGGCAAGAGUGAUGAUGGUGCCAUUUGGUUUGCCUCAGAGGCAAAGUCUCUGCUCGAACACUGUUCAAGCAUUGAGCCCUUCAUGCCGGGUUCCUAUUAUGCCGCGUCUCGAGGCGCGGAGCUGGCUUCUUCUUAUCAAAAGUACUACAAACCCUUCUAUAUGGAACCAGGAUGGCUACCCUCCCGCAAAGUUGACUCGAAGAAGUUACAUGAUUCCUUCGUCACCUCUGUUCGCCGUCGUUUGAUGUCGGAUGUCCCCAUCGGUGUCUUCAUCUCUGGAGGCCUCGACUCCUCUUUGGUUGCUAGCAUCGCGAAGAAACAUCUUCCAGGAGCAUAUGAGUUCCACUCCUUUUCAUGUGGUCUAGAGGGCUCCCCAGACGUUGCUGCCGCCCAAAAGGUUGCCGAUUACCUCGGCACAAAGCAUCAUGUCCUCACCUUCACGGUUGAGGACGGUAUCAAUGCGCUCGAAAAAGUCAUCUACCACUUGGAGACAUAUGAUAUCACUACUAUUCGCGCUUCCACCCCAAUGUUCUUGCUCUCCAAGGUUUGCAAAAAGUAUGUCAAGGUCGUCCUCAGUGGCGAAGGUGCUGACGAAGUAUUCGGUGGCUACUUGUAUUUCCACAACGCUCCUUCAGAACUCGAUUUCCAUGAAGAGACGGUUCGCCGAGUCAAGCUCUUGUACACUGCCGAUGUUCUACGCGGAGACAGGUCCACAGCUGCCCAGAGCUUGGAGCUUAGAGUGCCGUUCCUUGAUCGCGACUUUUUGGACGAAGCAAUGUCGUUCUCAGCUGGUGACAAGGUCACUGGAAAAGGAAAGCGCAUUGAAAAGCUGGCCAUUCGUCGGGCAUUCACAAAGGAAGAGAGCGGAAUUGAAUAUCUACCUGACGAGAUUUUGAUGCGGCCGAAGGAACAGUUCUCAGAUGGCGUUGGUUAUAACUGGAUUGAUGGCCUUAAGGACCAUUGCGCUAAGGUGGUGUCGGAUGAUCAACUAACAGAGGCUGCGAAACUAUUCCCACAUGACCCGCCGACUACAAAGGAAGGAUACUACUACAGGCAGUUGUUUGAGAAGAUAUUUGGCGGGUACGAAGGCGCUCAGGGACUUCGUGAUGGCAUUCGUAAAUGGAUUCCUCUAUGGUCUGAGUCAGAUGAUCCGAGCGGUCGCGCUCAAAGAUUCCAUUCCGCUGCUUAUUCACAAAUAUCCAACGGUGAUUUGCCGAACUAGAUUCAGUCGGCCAGCUAAAAAUCGGAAUGACUGAUUUUCUAGAGUCCGUAGUUGGAGGAACUUUUGUCACUCACAUCUCUAUUCCGAAGGCAUUAGAAGUGACGAACGUGGGAGGAAGCGACAGUCAAAUUUCUGUUUCGGAAUGACGCGAUUAAGUCAAGACACGAGGUCGAACAGACGAAAAUAGCUGAGUCUUUGAAACAACUGCUACUAAAGAGCGAGUGCUUUCGCGGAAGAGGGAAUUUUCAUGUGUUCA